AUGUUCAUCCACGCCUCUCUCAAUCAAAGUCGCCGAGAGAUCAGGCUCGUACGAAUCCGCCGCCCACUCGACAAUCAGGCCAACGCCAAGGAGGCGGUCUCACUCGAGGUCAGACAUGCAUCGCUAGACGAGCAAGAACUGUCGUACUCGGCGCUCUCGUACGUCUGGGGAAGCGCCACCGACACCACAGCGAUCGAAAUCGAGGGGGCCCUCUUCAAUGUCACCAAGAACCUCUACGCUGCCCUCCAGCAACUGCGAAUGAAUGCAGUAGACUCUUGGCUCUGGAUUGACGCGCUCUGCAUCGAACAGGCCGACUUGAAGGAGAAGAGCUGGCAAAUCAACGCUAUGGGGGACAUCUUCGGCGGCGCCGACAUGGUCUACAUGUGGUUAGGACCCGGAAACGAGAACAGUGACAUGGCUAUGGACUUCAUAGCCCGAACAGGAGCCACGCUUCAAAAGUAUGACGCUGGAGAAUUGCAAUCAAAUAGGAAACACGACACAGAGAUCAAGUCAUAUACCAGAGCGCGGUUCUCGCCUCAGGGCGAGGCAAUCGCUCCCCCCGAUUCAACGACUACGAUGGAACAGGCCUACGGAAUAUCGGCAGACUCCACAUCCAACGUGAACUCAGAUGGAGGAACAGGAACGGUGCUGAGAUUUAAGCUGGCCGUGGACGAGAUCUUGCGUGACUUUUUUAGUCCCAGGUCACCACGGAUCGACCUAUGCGUCCGUGACCUCCUGAGCAGAGAAUACUGGCAUCGCAUCUGGAUUAUCCAAGAAGUUUUCCUCGCCCGGAGUGCCUCUGUGGUCGUUGGCAGCCGAAGCAUCCCACUAGACUCAUUCGACGCUGCGCUAACCAUAUUCUGGAUCUUUCGAGAUGCAGUCCUUCUCGACGGUCCGUCCUGGUCCACGUUCAUGUCAAACCUGUCAGGAAAGCUCAGAGGACUCAAUUCUUUGGAGGCCCGGCGUCUGCGUCAUCAAGGCUAUAGAGUACGUUUAGUAGACAUUCUAUGGGGACCCAGCAUCGCGCCAGAACGGCCUCAUUACUCUGCCACGGAUCCAAGAGACAUCAUGUUCGGGCUCCUUGGUAUUCUCAAAGACGACGAGAAACAAUACCUCCGGGCAGACUACUCGCUUUCCAAGGAGGAUGUAUUCGUGAACAUUACAACUGCGGUACUGGACUCCCCCAAUGAUGGAAUGUUUCAGUUUCGCCUCGAUUCCAUCAACCCAGGAGACCAAAAUGGGACGCUGCCCACAUGGGUUCCAGACUGGCAAAUCAUCGGUCAGUACGGCGUGAAAACAUGGCCGUUAAGCCUCGGCCGAGAGCUUAAAGCGGCUACACAGCGAAAACAGCAGCGACGAGCCUCAUGCUGCGUAGUUCGAGACGGCAAGACGAGCAUAUCCCAGCAAGGAUGUUACGUCGAUAGAGUCACCGAGGUGAUGGCUGCCCCUGAGUGGGUUCAAGCUGGCGACUAUACUGCGUCCAUGCUGGCAAAGCCCGACGACUGGUUCCUUUCGAUUAUCGAUUUCGCCGGCCUUGGACCCGAACCUGGCCCUGAAGAGGACGAUGUCUGGCGGACAGUAAUGCAAGCUGGUUAUCGGAAUUCCCGGAAGAGCGGCCUCUUUGUCGUCGGCGCAGGAGCCGAGGAUUAUUGGCGCAGAAUCAUGCGAGUUCAGCUCGUGGACGCGGCGACGCUGACCGCAGAAGAGACAGCGUUUGUGGUUGCGAACAGUGUCGACCGGGGAAACCCCUCAGGAUAUGACGGCAGUGACGAGGCUCUUAGGCUAUUUGAGCGUGAAGUGCGAUCUUCCUUGGGCGCUCUAAAUAGAAACAGAACGCUUUUCAAGACGGCAAAAGGGAUGUUUGGCCUCGGGCACGUUGGGGUCGAAGUAGGCGAUGUGGUGACAUUGAUUUGGGGAGUACGCUCGCCCAUCAUUCUCAAGCGAAGAGAGGCUGGAGGGGGCUUCUAUUUUGGAGGAGACGCAUACGUAGACGGCAUCAUGCAUGGAGAGUUUCUCGAAAAUGAACCAGAAGAGGUGGAAUUCAGGAUCUUCUAA